AUGAUCAGCCGUCCAGAUCUUGGACGUAAUCGAUCAGAUACUGUGGGUUUUGGUAAUCCAAGUCAAUUUUUUAAACACAAAGGAUUUUACGUCCUCUUAAUCGUAAUAGAAUUAACACUUCUAUAUCUACUGGUACAAAGCCAGAACUUUGGACAGUGGGAUAAGGUAGAAGAAGGUUUACUUGCUUUCCGCAGAAAGUUGCAAUCAUGUGAAUGGUGA